UAAUCCAACUACUCAAACUUCAAUCUACUGCGGAUGGAGAAAUCGAUGGCCAUCAAUCUCCUUCUCUUCCUUUGCUUGAUUCCAUUUUCCUUUUUCGUCUGCAAUGGGGUGGUGAUAGUCCCUAGCUAUGCCGCGGCAGCUCAUAGAACACUAGAGCACCGCGGUGGAGCGCUGUAUGAGACGAGGUACUUCAUGCAGACUUUGGACCACUUCAACUACAAGCCGGAUGGGUAUAUGCAGUUCCGGCAGAAGUACCUGGUGAACGACUCGUUCUGGGAGGGAGGAGGCGCCCCCAUCUUCGUCUACGCCGGCAACGAAGGCAGCAUUGAACUGUUCGCGGACAACACCGGCUUCAUGUUCGACGUUGCUCCUUCCUUCAAGGCCCUCCUGGUCUUCAUUGAGCAUAGGUACUACGGGGAGUCUCUUCCAUUCGGUGACGUUGGCAACUCGAGCACUUUGGGUUAUUUGAGCACGACACAAGCUCUUGCAGAUUUCGCAACUCUAAUCAUUGACUUGAAGAAGAAUUUGUCUUCAGAGCACUCUCCUGUCGUUGCCUUUGGCGGUUCCUAUGGAGGAAUGCUGGCUGCUUGGUUCAGGCUCAAGUACCCGCACGUAGUGAUUGGUUCAGUGGCAUCGUCUGCACCGAUUCUUCAAUUCGAUGACCUCGUUUCACCUUACAUCUUCAUUGACAUCGUCACCAAUGACUUCAAGAGUGAAAGUGAAAGCUGCUUCAAAACAAUAAAGAAUUCAUGGAAUGAAAUGGAUGACACCUUGCGACAACCAGGAGGACCUCAGAAAUUGGCCAAGGCAUUCAAACUAUGCCCCGGUGCCAUACCAGAAUCUGUGCCUGGUUGGAUCUCCAGUGCUUUUAUUUAUGGUGCCAUGACAGAUUAUCCCACUGCCUCUAACUUUCUAACUCCUCUCCCAGCCUUUCCUGUGAAACAAAUGUGCAAGGCCAUUGACAAUCCAACAGCAGGGAAUGAUACUCUCUCCAGAUUAUACGCAGCUAUGAACAUAUACUACAAUUAUACUGGCACUGAAAGCUGCUUCGAUCUCGACUCGGGUAGCCGUAUCGGAUUUGAUUCGUGGGAUUUUCAGUCAUGCACAGAGAUGAUCCUUAUUGAGGGAGGCAGCAGAAAUGAGAGCAUGUUCCCUGCGGAAACUUACGAUUACCAGGAGCAACUGUCCUACUGCAAAGAGGCCUACAAGAUAUCGCCUCGACCGCACUGGAUCACCACUGAAUUUGGUGGCCAUGACAUUAAGAGGGUGCUGAAGAGGUUUGGAAGUAACAUCAUAUUCUUCAAUGGACUAAGAGAUCCAUGGAGUGGAGGGGGGGUGCUGAAGUCUAUCAACCCAAGCCUCACAGCCAUAGUAGCACCUCAAGGUGCACAUCAUGUAGACCUUAGAUUUGCUACAGAGCAGGAUCCUGUUUGGCUAAGAAAAGUGAGGAGGAAGGAGAUCCAGAUUAUAUCCAAAUGGCUUAAGCAGUAUUAUGAAGACUCAAAAAUAUAAAAAUAACCUCUUCCAUAAUCAACAAUGAGAGAAACUCUUCCAUAAUCAACAAUGAGAGAAAUGACCUUUUGUAUUUCUAUUUAUUGCCCAAUAAAUUCAUAAAAAAAAGAGUCUUUUUCUUCUUUA